ACCCUAAUUUGUGCUUCCAAUUGACUGGCUGACUGCGUAUUGAAGAGGGAAGAACGAAGAAGACCCACAGCGGCACAACCUCUCCCGCUGCGCCGAAGCCUCUCGCUUCCACCGACUCUUGCCGCCGGCUUCAUAGAAGAAGAAAGGCGUCGCCUUCUCCGCCGCCCUUUCUGAAGCUUGUCGCUGCAGGGCCGUCGCCUAUAGCCGCUGCAUCAUCCCUCUCUGCCGCCUCUCGCCGCACAUCCCCUCCCUCUUUGCCGCCGCCGCACAGCCUCCUCUUAGUGGGCGUUCAAGUGAAAAACCCUAGCCUCUUUGCUCUGUUCUGCUCCAAUUAACAAGAAAAAAUGACAGGAGAAGCUGUAAACCCUAAAGCAUACCCAUUGGCAGAUGCACAGCUCACAAUAACGAUACUGGACCUUGUUCAACAAGCUGCCAACUACAAGCAGCUCAAAAAGGGCGCUAAUGAAGCAACCAAGACACUGAACAGGGGUAUUUCAGAAUUUAUUGUGAUGGCAGCGGACACGGAGCCGCUUGAGAUUCUUCUCCAUCUUCCUCUACUUGCUGAAGAUAAGAACGUGCCAUACGUCUUCAUCCCUUCAAAGCAAGCACUUGGCCGAGCAUGCGGCGUGACAAGACCUGUCAUAGCUUGUUCUGUGACGAGCAAUGAGGGAAGCCAGUUAAAAUUCCAAAUACAACAACUUAAGGAAGCCAUUGAGAAGCUUCUAAUAUAAAAGGAAUGAAGAAGAAUUUCAGUGUGAUGGGCCUCUUGAACGUGGGAGUUGUCCGUUUGGAGGCUUUGACUGAUGAAGCUGUUGUGCUACUAGGAGGAGAGCUCUUGUUUUACUCUCUACAAAUACUUGUGAUUUUAUCAUUGAAUUUGAGAAACAACAGCAUGUGUGUCCUAAUUUUGUGAGGGUCAGGGUCAAUGAUCCUUAAAAUCCAUCUCUGUAUUUGUUGUACUGUGGUAAUGGGGGAUUGCUUUGAUGGUGUGCUGAUAUAAUGCCUAGGAUUGCUGCUUAAUUGAGAAAUGCUCGGUUUCUUAUCAUGGCA